AUGAGGCAACUUAUGAGACGCAUAGAGGAGUACAAGCGCCUGGAAGAUGAUCGACUGCAGAGCAGGGGGAAGGCUCCGUACCUUCGGAGAUCUCGGCAAGGCAUUGCGCCGACAAGACCGAAAAAAGACUUCAGACUGCAGGAACCAGAGGUGCAAGUUGAAGGAAUUAAUUUGGCGUUCAAAGAGCCCGUGCACAAAAUCUUAGAUCAGAUCAAAAACGAGUCAUUCUUCAGGUGGCCAAACAAAAUGAAGGGCGAUCCAUCUCGGAGAAUCCAAAACCUAUACUGCACCUACCAUAGAGACAAGGGACAUACAACCGAACAGUGUCGGGUUCUAAAAGAUCACCUCGGGCAGCUAGUGAAGGCAGGGCACCUGAAAGAGUUUGUAGUGGACUCCACAAGCCAAGAAGCUGGCCAGGGUGGCCAACUGAAAAGGAACUCCCUCCCGCCUCCGCAAGGGGUAAUCGAAGUGAUCCACGCAACAUCAAGAGGAACGGUAACAGCAAAGAGGGUAUUGACGGUGGCUUGCACGGGAGGAGAUUCGUCCAAAAAGAAAAAGAGAGUUGAAGGGCCGACCAUCUCGUUCGGAGAAGACGAUUUGGAAGGGACGGUCCAACCUCAUGAUGAUGCUUUGGUGGUGACGGCUCGGAUAGGCGGGUUCCUGGUGAAGAGAGUAAUGAUUGACCAAGGAAGUGGGGCUGAUGUCAUGUACCCAGACCUCUUCGAAGGGUUCGGAUUGAAGACUCAGGAUUUGGCGAAAUAUGAUACCCCGCUGGUCUCAUUUGACGGGAGAGUCGUAAUUCCCGAGGGACAAAUCUCUCUCCCGGUGGACAUGGAAGGUAAGGGAAUUAUUGUUACCUUCAUAAUAGUCCGGUCAUUCUCGCCAUAUACUGCGAUCCUGAGGAGGCCGUGGAUUCACACAAUGAAGGCUGUACCGUCCACCCUCCACGUGAAAGUGAAAUUUCCCACUAAGUAUGAAGUUGCCGAGGUGAGGGGAAACCAACAAGUGGCAAGGCAGUGUCUUGUCGCCGCGAUCAGGUGGAAAAGUGAGUUGGUCGGACAAGCUGAGCAGACCGAGAAAGAAACUUCAUAG